GUAAGGUAGCAUGCAUCAAAAGCCUUGAAUAAGCUUUUUGAGAAAUGAGAGUCACACCUUCAGUAAUUGACUCAUUAGAGAAGAGGAACGAUUUCAAACAGUAAGAAGCCUCUCACUCUCUCUCUCUCUCUCUCUCUGUCUGUCUCAAUAGAUACAUUGGUGUGUGUAUGUGUGUAUAUGUGUAUGGUGACAGAUCACAUUAUUCCCUUCCUUUGAAUUGAGCCCUCUAAAAAGGACAGGAACCUCACUCGUGAUCCUCCUUGUGUCCACAACCUAACAUUUUAUUCCCUUUUUCUUCUAUCUUCUUCUUCAUUCUCUCUUCCUCUCCAAACCCUAAUUUCCAAAAACCCUCAAAAUCAUUGAAAUAUUUCUGAAGAACCAUAUAGCAUAUAUCAUCUGAAACUUGAAGGCACCACAAAUUCUUCUUGAUUCCUUUAUAAUCUCUACAUAUUUGUAUAAUCAAUAAAUAUUCUUCUUAUACAGAGAAAGAGAGAGAGAAAGUAUAUAAGCUAUAUAUAUCAAUAUAUGGCUUCUUCAUCAGAACUAAGCUUGGAUUGCAAGCCACAAAGCUACUCUAUGCUUUUGAAAUCAUUUGGUGAUAACUUUCAGAGCGAUCCAACUACACAAAAGCUCGAAGAUCUUCUCUCUCGCCUAGAACAAGAACGUCUCAAGAUCGAUGCCUUCAAACGCGAGCUUCCCCUUUGCAUGCAACUCCUUAACAAUGCUGUGGAAGUUUACAAACGACAACUAGAAGCAUAUAGAGCAAAUAGUGAUAACAAUAACCAAAGUGUUGCCACAAGACCAGUUCUUGAAGAGUUCAUACCCUUAAGGAACCAACCCGAAAAAACAAACAAAGGAAGUAACUGGAUGACGACUGCUCAGCUUUGGAGCCAAUCCGAAACCAAACCAAAAAACAUUGAUUCAACUACUGAUCAAUCUCUUCCCAAAGACGAGAUUAUUAGUAGUCCCAAACUCGGACAUUUUGAUGCAAAACAAAGAAAUGGCAGCGGUGCUUUUCUUCCCUUCUCUAAGGAACAAUCUUUGCCUGAAUUAGCUCUAUCUACGGAGGUCAAGAGGGUGUCUCCGACCAAUGAGCAUACUAAUGGCCAAGACGGUAAUGAUGAGAGCAUGAUCAACAAUGAUAAUAACAAUAAUAAUAAUAAUAAUAAUAACAAUUCAAACAGCAAUGGAGUUUCUUCUACAACAAGUCAAAGUAAUAGAAAGGCACGACGUUGCUGGUCGCCGGACUUGCACCGGAGAUUUGUCCAAGCUCUUCAAAUGCUUGGUGGUUCGCAAGUGGCUACACCGAAACAAAUAAGGGAACUUAUGAAAGUUGAUGGCCUGACCAAUGAUGAAGUCAAAAGCCAUCUCCAGAAAUAUCGGCUUCACACUAGAAGACCAAGCCCAAACCCACAAACAUCAGGUGGGCCAGGUCCACAUUUGGUGGUCCUAGGUGGCAUAUGGGUUCCACCAGAGUACACCACCACACAUGGUGGAACUCCGACUCUCUACCACCACCAAGUCCACCACCACCACACCACCACGGCAGGGCCGCCUCCACCACACUUUUGCUCCUCGCAAGAAUUCUACACAACCCCACCGCCUACGCAGCCGCUCCACCACCACCACUUUCAAACCUUUAACGGCUCAUCCGGUGGCGCCGCCUCCACCGAUUCAACUCAUCAUCAGUUAACGGACAGCGCCACCGAAGAAGGAAAGUCGUCGGAGAGUGGUGGCGGAGAGAGAAAAGGGUUGGCUGCUCUUAGGGAUGAAGGUGAAGAUCAGAGCAAUAUUAAUGGAAGUGAAAUAACUCUCAAAUUCUAAAAAAAAAGAUUCUUGAUUAAUUAGUUAGAGCAAUGAAAUUUUAGGGUUAGGGUUUGUGGGUGGCUACGUAACUUAUUUCAUUGCUUGUAUCUCUCUUUAUGUUUUCUCAGUAGAAAAUGAAUCGUAGGAGGCAGCGAGUGUUUUUAUCGAAUAUUAUAAAUUACCAUAAUUAAUCUUGUUGAAUAUUUA